AGGCCCGGCUCGGCAGUUAGAGGAGAGGUCAUCACCAUGACGGCGUCCUCGCAGGACUCCACCCCCUCGUCUAUGGCCGGCCUCCUCCUCCUCCCCCUCCUCCUCCUCCUCCCGGCUGUCGCAGCACAGGACGCCGCCGUCCCGACGACCCCGCCGCUGUUUGACCCGCUGACCCAACCAGAGUGCACCAAGAAGGAGCACCCGAAGGUUUCCGUCCAAGCUCUCAGUCCGUGGAUGUCCUCGUUCUCCCACCCCGGAGUGAGAGACUUCUCCCAGCUGACCCUUGACCUCUCUAGGAAUGAGCUUAUCGUGGGUGCCAGAAACUACCUGUUCAGACUGGACCUCAGUAACAUGUCACUGAUACAGGCGACGGAAUGGACGCCGGACGAGGAGACGCGGCGGUCCUGUCAGAGCAAAGGCAAAACAGAGAUUGAGUGUCAGAACUACAUCAGAGUCCUUCUGGUGAACAAGACGGAGGUGAUGACCUGUGGAACCAACGCCUUCCAGCCGCUGUGUACAACCAGAGAGGUGGGAAACAUGAGCAGCGUUCUGGAGCGUGUGAACGGCGUGGCCCGCUGCCCGUACGACCCUCGCCACAACUCCACGGCGGUGGUGACGGAGAGCGGCGAGCUGUACGCUGCCACCGUCAUCGACUUCUCCGGACGCGACCCCGUCAUCUACCGCAGCCUGGGAGGCAUGCCGCCGCUCCGGACGGCCCAGUACAACUCCAAGUGGCUCAAUGAGCCCCACUUCAUCUCAGCCUACGACAUCGGCCUCUUCACCUUCUUCUUCCUGAGGGAGAACGCCGUGGAGCACGACUGCGGGAAGACGGUCUACUCCCGCGUGGCGAGGGUCUGCAAGAACGACAUCGGCGGGCGGUUCCUCCUGGAGGACACCUGGACCACGUUCAUGAAGGCCCGGCUCAACUGCUCCCGCUCCGGGGAGAUCCCCUUCUACUACAACGAGCUGCAGAGCACCUUCUACCUGCCGGAGCAGGACCUCAUCUACGGCAUCUUCACCACCAACGUCAACAGUAUCGCAGCGUCGGCCGUGUGCGCCUUCAACCUGAGCGCCAUCACCCAGGCCUUCAACGGGCCCUUCCGCUCCCAGGAGAACCCCCGCUCCACCUGGCUGCCCACCACCAACCCCGUCCACAACUUCCAGUGUGGAACCAUAGAGGACAAGGGUCCCAACGAGGGUCUGACGGAGCGCAGCCUGCAGGACGCCCAGCGGCUCUACCUGAUGAACGACGUGGUGCAGCCGGAGUCCGUCGACCCGCUGGUCAUGCAGGACGACGUCCGCUUCUCCAACCUGGUGGUGGACAUCGUCCAGGGCAUGGACACGCUCUACCACGUCAUGUACAUCAGCACGGAAUAUGGCACCAUCUUAAAGGCGCUGGCUACGCCCAACAAGAACCUUCAAGGCUGUUACCUGGAGGAGAUGGAGCUCCUCCCAUUGGGGGUUCGAGAACCGAUCCUGAGCCUGCAGAUCCUGCACAGCGACAGGUCGCUCUUCAUCGGGCUCAACAACCGAGUCCUGAAGAUCCCGCUGGAGAGGUGCUCCACCUACAAAACAGAGACGUUGUGUUUGGAGGCGAGGGACCCGUACUGUGGUUGGGACUUCAGGCAGCGUCGGUGCACCACUCUGGAGGAGAGCUCCAACAUGAGCCAGUGGAAGCAGAACAUCACCGUCUGUCCGCUGCGGAACCAAACCACCAAUGGCGGCUUCGGACCCUGGGCGCCAUGGCAACCCUGCAACAACGACGACGGCGUGGACGGCGUGAGCUCCUGCCUGUGUCGCUCCAGGUCAUGUGACAGCCCCGCCCCCCGCUGUGGAGGCAGGAACUGUGAGGGCCCCACCAUCGAGGUCUCCAACUGCUCCAGAAACGGAGGCUGGACGCCGUGGUCGUCAUGGGGACAGUGCAGCACGACCUGCGGUACGGGCUUCGAGCUGCGCCAGCGUUCCUGCAACAACCCGUCGCCCCGACACGGAGGCCGGGUCUGUGUGGGGCCGAGCCGGGACGAGAGGUUCUGCAAUGAAGGCGUCCCCUGUCCUCAGCCCAUCUUCUGGACCCCGUGGGGAUCCUGGACCAAGUGCAGCACCGAGUGUGGGGGCGGAGUCCACUCCAGAGUCCGGACCUGUGAGAACGGGAACAGCUGCCCGGGAUGUGCACUGGAGUACAAGGCCUGUAACCUGGAGGCGUGUCCGGAGGUGAAGAGGAACACUCCGUGGACUCCGUGGAUGCCGGUGAACGUGACUCAGGGCGGGGCCCGUCAGGAGCAGAGGAUGCGCUACAUGUGCAGAGCUCACCUGUCCGACCCCCACGAGCUGCAGAUCGGACGCAGGAAGGUGGAGACGCGCUUCUGUCCCAACGACGGGACGGCCGCCUGCGAGACGGACACGCUGGUGGAGGAGCUCCUGAAGACGCCGGUGGUGAGGGUGGCGGGCGCCGGCUGGUCGUCGUGGGAGACCUGGUCCAGCUGCUCUCAGAGCUGCUCCAAAGGCUACCGAACCCGACGGAGGAGCUGCUCGGGACCGGAGGGGAAGAGCGCCCCCGUGGCCUGUCGGGGGUCACCGGUGGAGUACCAGGACUGUAACGUCCAGGCCUGUCCCGUUAAAGGGGCGUGGUCCUGCUGGUCGUCCUGGUCCCAGUGCUCUGUGGGUUGCGGCGGCGGUCACUACCAACGGACCCGUUCCUGUAACAGUCCGGCGCCGGCCAACGGAGGAGACAUCUGCCUCGGACUCCACACUGAAGAGGCCCUCUGCAACACACACACCUGUGACGGAGGCUGGAUGGCGUGGUCGCUGUGGUCGGCCUGCGAUGACUCGGGGUUACAGAUGAGGAGUCGGGUGUGCGGCGCUCAGGGCAGCAGCCCGUGUGUCGGGAACGCAACGCAGCGCAGAGACUGCAACGAGAUACCUGUCAUUCUGCCUGCGUCUGGUUUUGAUAAGGACCAGCACUGUGGAGCAUUCACCUCCAUCCACCUCAUCGCCACGGGUGUGUCCUGUUUCCUGGGGGCGGGGCUUCUGUCCUUCCUGAUCUACGUCUACUGUCAACGCUUCCACAAGCCGUCGCAGGAGUCGGCCGUCAUCCACCCGACGACCCCCAACCACCUCAACUACAAGGGCAACACCACGCCAAAGAACGAGAAGUACACCCCCAUGGAGUUCAAGACGCUGAACAAGAACAACCUUCUUCCCGAUGAGAGGUCCAACUUCUACCCGACGCCGCUGCAGCAGACCAACGUCUACACCACCACCUACUACCCCGCCGCGCUCGGCAAGUACGACUACCAGCCCAACUCCUCCCCUUCGCCGUGCAGGACCUACAACCAAAACAACAACAGCUGAGACUCCCCG